CACACGUCUCGUUCUCCACUCAUUUGCAAACCCGAACAGUACUGUCGCGAUUUGAAUAUCGUGCUGCUUUUCAAAUUCAAGUGAAAGGGCAGCUACUCUUCGGAUUGUGGUCGCUUCUACACUGCCUGUUAGUGUACCAUGGCUUCUAAGCCCCAUCCUCCUUUGAUGAAGAAACACAGUCAGUCAGACCUGGUGAGCCGGCUGAAGACCAGGAAGAUACUUGGGGUUGGAGGAGAGGAUGACGAUGGAGAGGUGCAUAGGUCAAAGCUCAGUCAGAUGUUGGGGAAUGACAUCAAGUAUCAGGUACGAGAGCCUGUUGGACUGAGGGUCUGGAUCCUCAUCUCUGCAGUAGCCUUCACAGUCAUGGCCUUGAUGGCCCUGGUGUUGCCCAAGCAGCUGUAUGACAUAGUGUUUGAAGAGGAGAUCAACAACACCAGUGUCUCCAUCAGACUCUAUGGGGGAGCACUGCUCAGUCUGUCCCUCAUCAUGUGGAAUGGUGUCUAUACACAAGAGAAGAUCAUCAUCCAGUGGACUCUGCUCAGUGAAGCAUGCUACUUUGCCAUCCAGUUUUUAGUUACGUCAGUCACUCUAGUGGAGAUAGGCUCGUUGCCCAACGCUGCAAUCUUCCUCCUCCUCAGCCGAGUAAUCUUCCUCCUUGUCACUCUGCUCUACUACUACUACCUGGGCAGAGGACGACCCAAGAAGAUCUGAUGGCGAGGGGAACUUUGCUUCCAGAUGUGGGCUCAGAGGGAGGUGGGGUGUAUUGAGGAAGGCAGGUAGCCUAGUGGUUAGAGCGUUGGGCCAGUAAAUGUUGCUAGAUCAAAUCCCUGAGCUGACAAGGUAAAAAUCUGUCUUCUGCCCCUGAACAAGGCAGUUAACCCACUGUUCCUAGGCCAUCAUUAUAAAUAAGAAAUAGUUCUUAACUGACUUAAAAUUAAGGUUACAUUUUAAAAAAUGUAAUGUGCAGUGGUGGAAAAAGUACUAAAUGUACAUACUUGAGUAAAAGUAAAGACACAAUAGAAAAUGACUCAAAUGAAAGUCACACAGUAAAAUACUACUGGAGUAAGUCUAAAAGUAGCUGGUUUUAAAUGUACUUAAGUACAGUGGUGGAACAAGUACUCAAUUGAGUAAAAGUAAAUUCUAUAUAUGAAAUGACUUAUAAUAAGCAAACCAGAUGGCACAAUGUUCUUCUUUUUUUUGUGUAAUUUACGAACGGACGGGCAGACUCCAACACUCAGGUCGUGUCUACACUUAACACUUACAUGCGACUUCUGCUAUCAGAAUAAGAACAUCGCAUUGAAAAGACUGGUCUGAUUGUGUUCAUUCUGGCUGAAUGCGUUGCGUGCGGAUUUCUCCUCAGUCUGGACACAAUCAGGCUACUGAAGGCGCAUAUAGUGGGUGACGUGAUCAGCACUCCUCACACAAAUCUCCAGAAAACGUAUGUUUUGGGACCGAGGCACCGUUUCAUUAUAAAGUUGGAGGAAAUGACGUUCCUAGCGGGUGAAGAUAGUGUUUGCUGACCUCAUAAAUGCUAGCCAGCUAGUUAAUAUUUAGAAAAACUGUUUUUGCCUGGCUAGAGUUAUGCUAACCCGUUUGCAAUCCCUUUAGAGUAGCUUGCUGGCUAGUUACAGAAGUUAGCUACCGUAGUUAGCUAUUGCCAUCAGUUGUGGUGUUAUUGUCGUAUUUGGCCUAUUCCACCGUUUGUAGAAUGCAUACUGGCAUGUGCAUAUAGUGCGGGGAAAGGGAAUCCGGAGACACUAUGGACACAGUCGACACAUAUACAUUGCAUCCGGAAAGUAUUCAGACCCCUUGACUUUUUUCACAUUUUGUUACGUUACAGCCUUAUUCUAAAAUGGAUAAAAAAAAUAAUAAUCCUAAUCAAUCUACAUACAAAACCCAAAAACACAUUUUAGAAAUGAUUGCAUAUGUAUCAAAAAAAAGUUUCAUAUUACAUUUAGAUAAGUAUUCAGACCCUUUCCUCAGUACUUUGUUGAAGCAUCUUUGGCAGCAAUUAUAGCCUUGAGUCUUCUUGGGUAUGACGCUACAAGCUUGGCAAACCUGUAUUUGGGCAGUGUCUCCCAUUCUUCUCUGCAGAUCCUCUCAAGCUCUGUCAGGUUGGAUGGGGAGCGUCGCUGCACAGCUAUUUUCAGGUCUUUCCAGAGAUAUUUGAUCAGGUUCUAGUCUGGGCUCUGGCUGAGCCACUCAAGGACAUUCAGAGACUUGUCCCCAAGCCACUCCUGCGUUGUCUUGGCUAUGUGCUUAGGGUGGUUGUCCUGUUAGGUGAACCUUCGACCCCAGUCUGAGGACCUGAGCACUCUGGAGCAGGCUUUCAUCAAGGAUCUCUCUAUACUUUGCUCCGUUCAUCUUUCUCUUGAUCCUGACUUGUCUCCCAGUCCCUGCCACUGAAAAACAUCCCCACGGCAUGAUUCUGCCACCAUGCUUCACCGUAGGGAUGGUGCAAGGUUUUAUCCAGAUGUGACGCUUGGUAUUCAGGCCAAGGAGUUCAGUCUUGAUUUCUUCAGACCAGAUAAUCUUGUUUCUCAUGUUCUGUGAGAGUCUUUAGGUGCCUUUUGGCAAACUCCAAACAGGCUGUCAUGUGCCUUUUACUGGGUAGUGGCUUCCAUCUAGCCACUAGCAUAAAUGCCUGAUUGGUGGAGUGCUGCAGAGAUGGUUGUCCUUCCGGAAGGUUCUCCCAUCUCCACAGAGGAACUCUAGACCUCUGUCAGAGUGACCAUCACCUCCCUGACCAAGGCCCUUCUCCCCGAUUGCUCAGUUUGGCUGGGCGGCCAGCUCUAGGGAGAGUCUUGGUGGUUCCAAACUUAUUCCAUUUAAGAAUGAUGGAAGCCACUGUGUUCUUGGGGACCUUUAACGCUGCAGAACUUUUUUAGUACCCUUCCCCAGAUCUGUGCCUCACCACAAUCCUGUCUCGGAGCUCUACGGACAAUUCCUUCUACGUAAUGGCUUUGGUUUUUACUCUGGCAUGCACUGUCAACUGUGUGACCUCAUAUAGACGGGUGUGUGCCUUUCCAAAUCCUGUCCAAUCGAUAUCAUUUACCACAGGUGGACUCCAAUCAAGUUGUAGAAACAUCUUAAGGAUGAUCAAUGGAAACAGGAUGUACCUGAGCUCAAUUUAGAGGCUCAUAGCAAAGUGUCUGAAUACUUAUUUAAAUAAGAAUUUUGUAAAAACUUGUUCUUGCUUUGUCAUUAUGGGUUAUUGUGUGUAGAUUGAUGAGGGGGAAAAAUGUAAUCCCUUUUAUAAUAAGACUGUAACAUAACAAAAUGUGGAAAAGGUGGAGGGGUCUGAAUACUUUCCGAAUACACUGUAAGUGUAGACAUGUGACGCGUUCGGAAUUCCAUGAUCAGAAUCAUAAAGCUGCAUGAAGUUGUCAAGUCUAGACACGGCCUCAGACAUCAUUUACAAACACAGUGUUUCGUGAGUCCGUCAGCAGAUCAGAGGCAGUAUGGAUGACAACGUGUUAUAUUGGUAGGUGUGUGAAUUGGAACACAUUGCUGUCCUGCCUGAGCUUUUGAAAUUUGGGUAAAAUGUACAUUUUUUCAGGAAUGUAGUGGAGUAGAAGUUGUAAAAAUAUAAAUAGAUACCCUCAAAAAUUACUUAAGUAGUACUGUAAAGUAUUUUUACACCACUGGUAAUCUGUACGGCUGACAUGCUUUACGUAAGUCAUGACAGACACUAAUGCCUGGUCUACACAAUAUAUUUCUAUCUGAAAGUACUGUGACGUUAUGUCCUCCUGAACAGGGAUGUGGGAGGGGCUUGGUGCGUGUAUGGGUUAUUAUAUGCAUCCAGCCCCUUGCUAUACCUAGACCCCAGAUUUGAUUAUCACCACAGCAGUCAACACAUGGUGGUGUCAUAAUCUGUUCUGUAUAUGGAAAUGAGAAAGGGUCUGAUUGUGAAAAUGUACAAAGAGAUUAAGUCAUGCUCCUCCAAAUACUGUACACUACUUGUGUGUGGAACAAGAUUCAGAGUAAAAAAGGUUGUCGUUGUAAAGAAGGGGCAGAAAUUUGCAUUAAGGUUGUUCUGGUACUGUACCUCCCAGCCUACCUGUCAUGUGACUUAGUGUGUGUGUCACAAAUAAUACCCUAUUUCCUAUAUAGUGUACUACUUUUGACAACAGAGCUAUAGGCCCUCAUCAAAAGUAAUGCACUAUAGGAAAUAGGGUGCCACUUGUAAUAGGCCCGAGAUGUACAGAGUAAAUUGAAACACUAGGCUGUGUUUUUAUGUCCAGUAAUUUUGCUUUGUUUUUAAAUUGCAGUAUUGAGUGUGCGCUGAUCUGUGGGAGUUACAUUUUGAACAUGCUGUGACUUCAAGGACCAAGAGUUUUUUUACUUGUGUUAACAUUUGUUUUUCUCAAUUUGUAUGGUGUUGGUGAAGUUUUUACUGUGCAUGAAGUGAAUUCUGUAUACAUUUUCUCUCUCUCUCUCUUAUCAGUCCUCCAAAUCAAACACAGAAUGUCACGACACUCUGUUUUAAGGGUGUGGAGUGUAAAUAGCAUUAUAGCCAUAGAAAUACAGGCACUAGAAUGGACAUUCCCUUUCAAGUCAGUUAUUCUAUUUCAAUGAUCAGUCCUGCUGCCUUGUAUCUAAGCUUAGAGUUGAUAUAAAAUGCUGACUCCCAAAAGUUGAGGCAAAUUCCAGCUGACAGACUGGUGACAUAAAGUGUGGAUCAGUGUCUGUAUUAUUGUCUGUUCUCAAUGCUUCCUGGAUCAGAACAUUGAGGGAGGUCAGAGGUCAGCUUUUCAUUCUGUCCAAUGGGCAUAGAGGUCACAUGUGAUAGAGAGAACUCAUCUGCUAACAUGUUAUUGAGAGUGAGCUUACAAUAUGGAGCACCUUUGGGAAUCAAACACUUUUUAUCUGGGAUAAAAACCUUUUUAAUUAAAUGAUCUGUCAAGAUUUUUGACCAAAACUAAUCCACUAAUGACAAGAUGUUUAUAGGCCUACUGUACACAAAAAUACAUAGUGCCGCUUCAUAGCAGCUUGGACAGUGUACAUUCUCACAGCCAUUGGUUACUGAUGAUCAUAUCUCCUGUUGGUAACAAUACAACUUUAUUGGUCCAACUGUUACCUAACCAAACCAUGCACAUUGUGUAUGGAAUGUCCAUACCAUCAUGGUUAAAGGCAGAGUAAUAAUAAAGGCAGAGGUUGAUCUUGAACAGUACACUUUUUAAAAAACUGUGCGCUUAAUGUGACCAGCAGAGUAUGUAUGUAUGUAUGUAUGUAUGUAUGUAUGUAUGUAUGUAGCACACUUUUAUAGAUAGCUAAUAUAGCUAUCUAUUAAAGCUAGCUAAUAUCUGUCUUUAGUCUUGCCUUAAAACCGUUAAAAGAACAAUCACAACCUACACACAAUUCACUUGAUACUUGUAUUGCUGCCAUGUGGUGUCGUUCCUUUGAACAGAACAGGGAACGUAUAGAUUCUAUAGAUCAUUAGUUGAAUGUUUUCCAAAGGUGAAUUAAAGGCCCACUCUCUGAUUUAAGGAGUGAUCCUGGAAUGGUUUUUAACUAAGCAGUGACUGGAGUCGAAGCCCUAUUUAAUUGUUUUUCACUUAAGUGAUAUGUGUCUUGUUUUGAUGAUACGUUAGUUGACAAUUGCAUGCAAUAUAGUCCCUUGUGUACAGGAAUGUAGCAUGUGUCUUUUGUAGCACACUAUACUGUAAUAAAGGCUGGUAAGUAAGUACACAGAGGUGUGAUCAAGCAUGGUAAUAAAUGGUGAAAAAAUGGACGUGUUAACCAUGAACAGAAUGAAAGUAUUAUAGUUUUGACAAAAGAGGCAAAAAGUAUAUGUUUGUGCAUGAGGGAGUUUCCUCACAACAUUGGACAGGUCAGGUCAACAUUGGAUCAUUCAGAGAUCCUCACUGAACUUCUGGAGAGAGUUUGCUGCACUGAAAGUAAAGGGGCUGAAUAAUUUUGCACGCCCAAUUGUUCAGUUUUUGAUUUGUUAAAAAAGUUUGAAAUAUCCAAUCAAUGUCGUUCCACUUCAUGAUUGUGUCCUACUUGUUGUUGAUUCUUCACAAAAAAAAUACAGUUUUAUAUCUUUA